AUGACUACUCAUAACUUUUCGAUAGAAGACUUAGCAAUGUCAUUAAUUGAUAGACUGGAUAGAAGAAAUAUUUUUCCACCAUUGUAUAAUAACCCGGAAACAUUUAUUCCCUCAUCCGACAAUUUAACGAAAUUAUCGUUCCGACGACCAAAACGGUGUCCAAACGCCUUCUUGCUUUGUAGAAAAAACGUUCAUGAAGAAUCAAACCGUAAAGGAACUUCCAACAUGCGUGUGAUAAGUAAGGUUACCAGCAUUUUAUGGAAAAACGCUUUGCCUGAAGAAAAAGAUGUUUAUAAAAAGUUGGCCGAUCACGUUUACGAGAUUCAUUACAGAAGGAUUUCUACAAUUUAUAAAAAGUUUACCACAUCCUCCUCCUCUUUGAAAGAGGAAGGAUCACCUUCCUACAGCCCUUAUUCUUUACCUCUACGACUAUCGACAGCAACGGCACCCUCAAUAAGCACACCUUUACAAAACAAUUACUUUCUCUCGAAUCAUCAGACAACAAAUAAUAAUGCCUGUAUUGAUUUUAAUCCUUACCCGGAAUUUCAAGGGCAGGUUGUUUCUCCUCAAAAUGAUCAAUAUUACUUUUAUAAUAACGUUUUUGACACACCACCAAAUUUUGCCAGCUUGUAUUAA